GCCCCAGAACAUAACAUAGAGCCAAGAACAGCAGAAGAGAGAGAGAGAGAGAGAGAGAGAGAGAGAGAGUUUCUCAGAAACAGAGAGGAAGCGGUAGGGAGUAGGAAGAGAUGGGAGAGAGGUUUACGGGAAAGGUCAAGUGGUUCAGUGACCAGAAGGGUUACGGCUUCAUCACCCCCGACGACGGCGGCGAGGACCUCUUCGUCCACCAGUCCUCCAUACGCUCUGAGGGCUUCCGCAGCCUCGGCGAGGGCGAGUCCGUCGAGUUCCUGAUCGAGUCCGACGGUGGCCGCACCAAGGCUGUCGACGUCACUGGCCCAGAUGGCGCUGCCGUCCAGGGCGGCUCACGCGCCGGCGGCGGGGGCGGGGGAGGAGGCAGGGGUGGCGGCUACAGUGGAGGAGGCGGUGGCGGAUACGGCCCCCGUGGCGGAAGAGGAGGUGGCGGCGGCGGCUAUGGUGGUGGGGGGUACGGCGGCGGUGGAUAUGGUGGAGGCUACGGCGGCGGGGGUGGAGGCGGCGCAGGCGCCUGUUACAACUGCGGGGAGACUGGGCAUCUGGCCCGGGACUGCUACCAGGGCGGCCGUGGAGGCGGAGGCGGAGGCAGGUACGGCGGCUCCGGCGGCGGAGGAGGCGCCGGCGGGGGCGGGUGCUACAACUGUGGGGAGGCGGGACACUUCGCCCGGGAGUGCCCUAACAGCAGGAGCAGCACCUGAGAAGCGAGCCUGCCCCGUACGGACGGCUUGAUCUAUCUGUGUCUUUUUGCUGCUUGACCCUUCCGGGGUGUGUCCGUACAAGUCUGCUCUUCUCUGUGUCUCCGUGGUUCCAAAAAGGCGCCGGCUUUUGCUUGUGUUUUUAGCGGCGGCCAUGAAAAUAGUUGUCUAUCGCGGUCUGGUAUGGUCUGGUCUGGUGGGGGGUGUCUGCUGUUUCGUUUGGCUUGCGAUGUUCGUCGGUGGUGGUGGUGGUGGUGGUGGUGGUGGUGGUGGUCUUUUUUCUUUUUUCUUUUUCUUUUCUUGAAGAAAAAAAUGAAGACUAGGUUAGGGUGGGGUGGUGGACAGUAGAUAGGAAGGGAUGGAUGGGUUGAUCUUGCCGAUGAUAAGGUCUAAUUUGCUCUCCCUCUUGAAAUGUUCGUACACAUCUCUACAGUUUCUGGGUUUGGUCGAAUGGAUUUGGAAUUUUCCCCGUC